AUGGCUGAAAAUUCAUGGACGAGAGAGGAGAACGAGAAGUUCAAGGAUUCACUAGUGGUGUUCUCUGCCUUUUUGCCUACUCGUUUCGAGAAAAUUGCCGAGUAUUUGCAAAAACCGGUGCCUGAUGUUAAGAAGCAUUACGAGGAAAUGGUCAAUGAUCUUUUACGAGGAAUAGCUUUUCCUAAUGAAUUAAAUGAGGCUCAGAGUUCCUACGAGGCAGAGAGAACUAAAUGGAGCAAAGAAACACACGAAUGGUUUCUGAUCGGUUUAAAGCGGUAUGGGAAAGACUGGCGUAAAAUUGCUAUCUUACUGGAUACCAAGAACCCGAUGCAAGUCGCAAUGUAUGCACAUAAGUAUUUCAACUGGCAAAACUCUGAGAAAAAUGUGAUAGAUUCGCCAAGAGCCAACGACAUACCUGAUCUGGUGGACAACAAAAUUGUGAAUGAUGUGAUGAAACGACGGAGACACAACAACAUAACUCUGGUGGACAACAAUGUGGACUCGACAGGCCAAGAAGAGCUAAUUCAUCCACAGUGGCAGCCACAACAAGAGCCAGUUGUUCGUUCACCAUGCUAA